AUGGCAUCCAAUACAAAAAUCCAAUCCCCCUCACGCAUCUCCUUUCCACAGAGUCGUUUAAUGACACCGACAAGGAUGACAACGCCGAAGGUCUCUACCCCAAUUACCCAAUCGAGAGUGACACUCACCUCAACAACGCUCGAAAGGACACCGAUUACGAGCGGCCUUCGCGCGCCCACGAAACUCCAUCCACCGUCGAGUAGGACACCGUCUGGCAACAACAACGGUUCGACGAUCUCUUCAGGUUGCAGCUCAGUGGCCAGCUCAGCCUAUGCAAGAUCUUCACAGGGCUCUUCACUGACGCAAACGAAUCAAAACGAAAACCAUUCGGAGUCCGUGGCAAACACAACAGCAAAUCCCUCAACAAUCACAACUCCAUCACGAAUCUCCUCCCGCUUGCAACCGCCAAGCGCCUCACCGCUGAAACAAUCGCAAUUUGGAUUGAAUGGUAAGUCUUCAGUGACGAAGACGACGAUCACAAAUCCAUCAAUUCCUUCAACAAGGAGCUCAGGUUCAAGCCAACUCCAUUCAACGCAAACAACUGGUCAACAAAAGAUGCUCAAACUGAAGCUCUUCUCUAGAGAUAAAGAGAAGAAAGGAUCGCCGAAAAAUAGCCCAUUAAUGAGUCGAAAAGUUGAUCAAAAUCCAUCAUCGGCUGGAAAAGUGGAGGUGUCAAAGCCGAAAACUGGCCUCAAAGCACCAACAAAGAUCAUGACGCCGAAGAAAGAGGUGCCAUUGGUUCGUGCUCGACCCACUCCAACAACCCAAAGAACUCAAAUCGAGAUUGAAACAGUGGACAAGUUGGAGAAAAGAACCUCGAAAUCCUCUGAGGAAGACUCAGCGUACGCGGGUUUUGGCUCAACAUCCCCAGCCUCGUCGACAAGCGCAUCAAGCAGCAUGUCAAUUCCACAAAAUAUGGAUACGAUAGCAAAUGGAAAGAAAAUCGAUUCAGCUGAUCUUUCAUUGAGGGACAAUUCACAGGAACGCGAAAAGCCGACAAUGGCUGUCAAAGGGACAAUCUCUACCCCAAAAUCCCAUUCACGAGAACAAAUCGAAACCUUUGAGGCAUCAAAAGACCCAAAUUCGUCAACAAACCCAAUGACGAUCACGCUACAGAAAACCCUGCAAAGUCCCACCGUUGGAGUGGUCAGCCCGAUGUUGGCUAAUCGAAAGUUCGUCGCGCAACAAGAACUCAUCGAUCCGGUGCCCAGUAAUGAAACGACCGAGUUUUUCGAAAAAAAGAAACCACCCGUUCCGAGUAGAACUUCAAAAUUGAACCCUUCUACGGAAAAGAACGAAGCCGAUGAACUUGUCCCAGCAAUGGCGCCAAUCCGACAACCGCCUUCAUACGAGCAAUUGUUGAAUAAGAAACGGAUUGGCACUUCGCAUAAAGGUUUUCCUGAAUCCUCAACAACAGAAGAGUCUCUUCAAUCGGUUUCAACGACGAUUCGUCCUCUCACAACAACAUCAAGAAAACCGGAAACGAAUCAAAAACAACAAGCGUCACCUGGUAGCAGUAAAGCUCCAAGCGAAUCCGGAAUUGCGAUUUAUGCAAAAAUGCAAGCAAGAUGGAAAGAAUGCAGAGAAAGAGCGACAACUGGUUUUUAUCAUGACAGUUUCGAAGACAGCUCAUCGGUUUCGAGUGGAAUUUCGGAGAAUUUCGAGGACGUUUCGACCGACGACGUCUCCGGAAGUUCACUAUCCGAUCACGCAAUGACCGCCGUCACAACGUAUGGAAAACUCGGCGACUAUGGUCAUUUUGUGAGAUCAACUGGGAAAGGUACUGUCCGCUCAUCUUCAUCAGCUAUCGGCGAGCGCCGGAUCCACGAGCAACACUCGAUCCAGCAACUCUUGCAACAAUGCCGAACAAGUCAACGGGGAGUCGCUUGUCAACCACAAUAUCAAACAAUCAGCGGUGUGCCACAACUCUCAUUGUCAUCCGACGGUGAAACACUUUCAAUUCAAGCUCGAUCAUCGCUACGAGUCACUCCAAAAAGACAAGAUCGACCUGGGAUCUCGACAAACGGUUUUCAUUCACUUGAUCGAAAGUUUCACCUUGGAGAGAUCUAUCAGAAACAUCAGGAACGAGAGGAGCAACGCAUGGGCGUCUAUGACGAGCGAUCAACGAUGGCUCUGAUCUCGCCCCGAAGAAUCCCCCAAGAAUCCCAGCAGCACAAUCGACACAGUGUAUCAGGAUCUUUAUACGCUCGUCGGACUCCAGAAGCAGUGUACGCGAAUUUUCGUGGUGAUGCACUGCAUCGAAUACCCGAUGAGAUCACGAUGUCCCCAUCUCAUCGAGAAAAGGGUUCACCAUCGGAUUUUCGAGGCUCGAAUCUAUCAGUUGCUUCAUCGACAGCUUAUAAUUCGUUAGCCGAGAAAUAUGAGGCCGAGUUGCGAAAACUGAAUCGAGAGCUUGAUGGCUAUCGCAAAACGGUGAACAAGUUGACGAGAAAGCAAGAGGAUUACUCGCAAAUUGCUGAAAUGGUUGAUCAACGUUUGUCGCAUUUGGGAAACAAAAUGGAGAAAGCGCAGCUAAAGCCCCAAGAACUCGCGAAACUCAAACAAGAGAUCGAGAAUUUGCGCAAUCUCAGCGCUCGUCUCUCAGCUGACUCGAAAAAGGAGGGAGCUGGCGAGCUGUUGCGUCAUCCAUCGUUGGAAAGUGUCGCCUCACAUCGCUCAUCAAUGUCUUCAUCAUCGAAAAGUUCAAAAACCGACAAAAGCUCGUUGAACAGCUUCAACAGCAAGGGGAAAAAGAGCUGGAUCCGAAGCUCUUUUUCGAAGGCGUUUACGAGAAAGAAAAACUCGAAAAACGGCGGUUUAUCGGAUUCGGACGGAUCGCCGAUGCAUCACCCGUUAAACACGAUAAACGCGUCGAAUUCAAAUCUUAAUGAGCUGGGCUCUGUGGCAACAGUGGUCGAGCUAAAGCGACAACUUCAGGACAGAGAUCAUACAUUGACUGAUGUUCGACUUGAUGCUCUUGAUUGUGCUCGUGAAGUGGACCAGUUACGAGAGACGGUCAAUCGGCUUAAGCAUGAGAAUAAACAACUUCGAGCUGAUAUGUCGCGAUUGGUGUACACAGGACGCUCUCGUACCUCAUCGAAAUCCUCUCUACUCGAUGAUGAACACCUCUACGAGCACUUACAAACUGAUCGAUCGACUAGCUCGAGUAGUAAACGAUCAUCUGGUUGUCAAAAUUCGGUGAAAGUCGUUGUCAAUGUUGAUUUGACUGGUUCAAUUCCGAUUGCUGUUUGUCCUGAGCACGAGAUAACGAUUGGAUAUUUGACUCUACCCGAGCGAGAGACUCGCUGGGAUCAACUUGACGCGCAAAUUUAUGCUCUUUUCGAUGCUUACCUCUGUCGAAUCGAUCCCGAUCACCACCUUGGAUUGCAUUGCUCGGAGAGUGUCAUCGGCUACACGAUUGGGAAAAUUAGUAGGGAACGUGGCUCAAAAGAGUCCUCGAUUCCGCCCUCACAAGUCAUCACAACAACAACGACGAUUCGGCUUUUUUUGAGAGGCGCCUGUCAAUCAGCUGUGGAUUCCCUGAUUCUUGAGUGCCUCUUCCCGCGCUCACUUCUCGAUCAACUCUUGAAGCACAUCGUCACCCAUCGACGACUCGUUCUCUCUGGAGCAACUGGGAUUGGAAAGUCGAAUUUGGCUCGUCAACUUUGUGCUUAUCUCUCGAUUCGAGCUGGUCGUGCGCCGGAUUCAGUGAUCGAGGUCAAAAUUCCCGAUGAUGGCAAAGAUAAACAACUUGUGCAAGUGGAAAGAGAUCUUGAGAAAGCUUUACGAGGCUCCGAUUCCGUGCUUCUUCUUGACAACAUUCCCAAGUCAAGGAUAUCCUUUGUUUCCUCGGUUUUUGACUCGAUUCAACUCUCGACAGAGCAGGGCCCUUACAUCAUUUGCACAAUCAAUCGCGCUUGUCAGCUCUCGGAAAUGCAAAUGCAACUACAGCACAAUUUCAAGAUUUUCCUUUUAACGAACAAAAUGGAAGCAGUAAAUGGAUAUAUGGCAAGAUAUCUUCGCCGAAGAAUCAUCGACACUGAAUACCGAACGAAUCGGGUAAUCCCAACAGAAAUUCAGCGAAUCGUUGACUUCUUCUCGAUUGUUCUUUCAGCAAUCAACGAGUUCAUUGAGCGGUCAAACUCACUCGAUGCAACAGUCGGAGCUCGAGUCUUCCUGCAGUGUCCAUUGGAUGUUGAGCAAAGUCGAGCUUGGUUUAUCGAGCUUUGGAAUGAAACCCUUGUCCCCUACAUGAUGAAAGUUUAUCGAGAAGGUGUAAAGAUUCUUGGACGCUGCGGAAACUUUGACGAUCCAACCGAUCGAAUUUGCGAGCACUGGCCGUGGCAAAAUGGAAAAGAGAUCGGGCUGCAGCGAUUACCAAUUAAGGAAGCUCUCUCUCAACCGAUUGCCCGUCAAUCGUUCUCUCCGCUCGACGCCCUAAUGAAGCUCCAAACUCGUCCAUCAUUGUUACAUGAAAAUCUA